CAGGACUAAUGGAAAGUUAUCGUCCCAAACAGUGACCAACUGCAAAGUAAAAUAUACUGAUGCACAUCUGGAGAAUGAAAAGCUGUAAUAGUACUAAUGCAGCAAUGUUGGUAAAGCAUUGUCUAUGGACCAAUGUGACGAAUACUUACAGGCCUUACUGAAAGCUGCGGUUGGUUUCCCCUUGAUAACUAUUGAAGCAUGGCUUGAGUUGGUCCCAGAACUAGGAUAUGAUUCAAUUUCUAGUGUGCCACGUGGAGAGAUUUGCCUAAGAGGAAAAACCUUGUUUUCUGGUUACCACAAGCUACAAGAUCUAACUAAAGAUGGGCUGUUGGAAUUACCGGAGGGGUUGGAGUCAUCGUGGCAGUUUCUCAGUGACUCUGCUUAGAGGAACCCAAGCGGUCGAAUGCUUGGUCAACGCCAAGUCAACGAUAAGAAGGCGGGUCCAUUUGUGUGGACUACAUAUCAAGCGGUCUAUGAUGCAGCCAUUCGUAUGGGUUCGGCCAUCAGAAGCCGUGGUGUCAAUCCUGGAGAUCGUUGUGGUAUAUAUGGAUCAAAUUGCCCCCAAUGGAUUCUUGCAAUGGAGGCCUGUAACAGCCAUGCGGUUACAUAUGUUCCACUUUACGACACCCUUGGUGCUAAUGCAGUUGAGUUCAUCAUCAACCAUGCUGAAGUUUCAAUAGCUUUUGUUCAAGAGAACAAGAUCCCUGCUUGUACAGAAGAAGAUUCAUAUUUUUCGUUUCUCCCGUUGGCACAUAUAUAUGACCAAAUAAUCGAGAGCUAUUGCAUCUACAAGGGAUCUUCAAUAGGCUUCUGGCGAGGCGAUGUCAGGUUUUUACUGGACGGCCUUCAGGAACUAAAGCCUACUACGUUUUGUGAGGUUCCUCGAGUUUAUGACCGUAUAUACACUGGUAUUGCUAGUAAAGUUUCAUCUGGUGGUGUGCUGUGGAAGACCCUUUUCCAGUAUGCAUAGAACUACAAGUUGGCAAAUCUGGAGAAUGGUUUACCACAAGAAAAAUCGGCACCUCUCUUGGACAAGCUUGUAUUUAACAAGAUAAAACAAGGAUUAGGAGGACGAGUUCGUAUAAUGUUGUCUGGUGCUGCACCUUUGCCCAGGCAUGUGGAGGAAUUUUUGAGGGUCACCAGCUGCAGCACUUUAUCACAAGGAUAUGGCCUUACUGAAAGCUGUGGUGGCUGUUUUACGUCCAUUGGCAAUGUUUAUCCUAUGAUUGGGACUGUGGGUGUCCCCUUGACAACUAUUGAAGCACGGCUUGAGUCGGUCCCAGAACUGGGAUAUGAUGCACUUUCUAGUGUGCCACGUGGAGAGAUCUGCCUAAGAGGAAAAUCCUUGUUUUCUGGUUACCACAAGCGAGCAGAUCUCACUGAAGAAGUCCUUAUUGAUGGGUGGUUCCAUACAGGUGAUAUUGGAGAAUGGCAGCCUAAUGGAGCAAUGAAAGUUAUAGACAGGAAAAAGAACAUAUUUAAACUGUCUCAAGGUGAAUAUGUUGCUGUGGAAAGCAUUGAAAGCAAAUACUUGCAAUGCCCCCUUGUCACAUCGAUUUGGGUUUAUGGGAACAGCUUCGAGUCAUUUCUUGUUGCUGUGGUUGUUCCUGACAGAAAGGCCUUGGAGGACUGGGCAGCUGAGCAUCAUUUGACUGAUGACUACAAAUCAUUGUGUCAAAACAUGAGGCUUCGAGGGUUUGAGUUGUUAAAAGCAGUUCAUGUGGAACCAAACCCCUUUGACAUAGAGAGGGAUCUCAUGACCCCAACUUUCAAACUGAAAAGACCGCAAUUACUCAAAUAUUACAAGGAUCAAGUUGAAAAACUUUAUAGUGAAGCAAACGGUGGAAAAGUAUAAGAACAGAGCUGCAAGCAACUAUUGGAUAAAUCUAUAGCUACAUCACUUUCCCAAAAUUUCGAUUGCCUGAUCUUUUGUUGAU